AUUGUUUUUGCUUUUCAAAAAUCAUGUUACCCGAUUGGUGGAGCUUCAGAAAUACCAUACCGAAUUAUCCCGGUCAUUGAGCGAUCAGGUGGUUGUGUUUUGAUGAAGGCGAACGUCACGCAGAUUCUAACCGAAGGAGGAAAAGUGACAGGUGUCAGAGUCGGCAACAAAGAAAAUUCGGCGGAAAAUUCACGCUCCGAUCGUUUGCACAACACUUUGCAAGACUUACUUACGGAACACGUAGCCAAGAAGUCGCACUGCUGGCCACUAACGAGUGCCAUUAAACCAGCCGCCGGUAACAUAAGUGUCUUUAUAGGACUUAAAGGCUCACCCAAAGAAUUGGGCCUCACGGCACAAAAUCUCUGGAUCUAUUCGGGCUCCAAUAACGAAGAACCAUUUCACGACAUUAUGAAUUCUAAAUCUCCCGAAGAAUUACUUUCGAAACCUUACCCAGCUCUUUUCAUUUCAUCCGGAGCAGCAAAAGACUCUUCGUAUGAGGAACGGUAUCCAGGGUUCUCCCAGUGGUUCGAGACGACAGUAAAGAAGCGAAGCGAUGAGUACAAUGCUUUAAUUCCUUUAAAACACGAAAUUGGUCAAAAAAUCAUUGACCAGGUGGUUCAUCUUUUCCCCAAACUCAAAAAUAAUAUCGACUACUACAGUGUGGGGACUCCAGUGACUAUUGAACAUUUCCUAUCGACUAAAGAAGGCGGCAUUUACGGCAUGGUACACGGCAUCGAACGUUUUUGCCCGAAGCAAUCGUCUUUAUUGCGACCCGAGUCAGGCAUCAAAGGCUUGUAUUUUACCGGCCAAGACGUGACAUCGACUGGAUUUGGAGCUUGCGUCUACUCCGGAUUUAUGUGCACCAGCGCCAUCUUAAAUAAAAAUUAUUCUCUCCUGUAUGAAUUAUACGCACAACAUAAGAAACUAUACGGGCCACCAAAAACAAAAAGCAUCGACGACCUAAUUUUCUAGUUACUUUGAGUUCUUCUACCUUUCUUAGUGAUGGACCCGUGGCACCAAGAAAAAAGUUAAUUUCGUUUUGAACGUUACGGUUAUUGCAAUAAAAUCACUCAAGCCUGUAUGAUGAACCUUUCCUGCCAUCAAUUUCUUUUCAUAUUCCCUUGAAGUGAAAGAAUCCACAGUCAACUGCAGAAAGGGUCCGCUAUUUGGAAGAAUACAAAAUGAAAGGCGGAUUCUGAUAGUUGAUAGAUCCAACACAACAUGCGUUUUAUUACCGAAUAGUCUUGCAAAGCAGAGAGAAUGACGACAUAACUCCCAUACAAGGAGAAAAGAGACUACCUACAGUGAUAAGGAAAUGCUCGCUGGUUGUUCCGCACUUUCCUACAUCCAACUAUUUUAUGGUAUGGUUGAUUACGCAACAGUUUUUGUUUGCGCCAAACACUGAUUACGAAUCGUACAAUUGAAAUAAUGAGAAAUGGAUACAAAAAGAGAGCUCAAUAACCAUAACUGGAGAGCUGUUUUCUAACGGCAGCUCCAUUUCUGCUUUUACGAAAAACACAUCCGAUUACGAACGACGACAAACUGUUAAUGGCCACAUGAUAAGACACUUUGAUGGAUUUCUUGUCUCAGACAAAAUAAACUUUAGAUGCGUCAGUUUACUCAGUUACCACAAAUAGAAGUAAUAACCAGAAGACUCAUGUCUCGCCGACAUUGCUAUUUUCAUGCUCACACACAUCACCCGGAAAGUGGCAGAACUAUUCUGCUUCUAAAAUAAUGUGUACAGCCUUAGAGACUAACUAAUAUUACAGGAGACUCAAUUUUUUACCGAGCAUGUAACUGACCUCCGAAUUUGUAAGGUAUCCCCCAUCCGUGCAAAUUUUUGUCAACCCACAUUCGAGAGAAGUCGGACUGAAUGCAUGUAUAAUUUUAACUGUAAAUUGCCUACAGUGAGGAUCGGUCUAAUUAGGGAACCAGAAAUCGCGCUGCGUCCUUUAAAACACACUGAUUUCCAGUUUCUGACGAAAAUGAAAAUGAAUACCAUUUCGCAUUAGAAUCUCUUCUUCCUUCUAACCCAGUUAAAAAAAAAUAGUGCCAUGUAAAGGGUAAAGAAAAUUGAACCGCAUCUUAUGUUAAAGUGAUUUUACACCAGAAUGAUGC